AUGUUAUUAUCAAAGUUUAUUUACAAUCUCAUUUUAAUUUACGUGAAUCUAGUAGACAUGAAUUUGUCAGUAGCCGAGCAUCAAGUGCGUGAAAUGCUGCAGCAAGCAGAAGACUGCACUGAGGACAAUCCUGAUACCUGUAUAAUGAUUGGAAAUUUGAGUACAUUUACAAGGAUACUUGCACAAUUGUGCGAACAACGAGCAACUGUUCCUAUGAGUGCCUCUCACUCGUUACACUGUAAUGGAAAGGAAAAUAAUGGUAAAAUUGGAUCAAAAAGGAUGGCAUAUCAAGUAUUUUUGGGUGGAUCUUGUAAUCCCACAACUUGGCGAUCAGAGAUAGCAAUCCCUACGCUUCAAAGACUUGGAAUUACUUAUUAUAAUCCGCAAGUCUCUCAAUGGGGACCGGAAUUAAUCGCCGAAGAAUACGAGGCUAAAGAAACGGCACAAGUUUUACUUUUCGUAAUAGAUAAUCAAACUCGUAAUACCGCGGGUAUAAUUGAGGCGGCUCAACUAGCGGCUACAAGAAGUCAUUCAUUAGUACUUGUUGUUUAUCAUUAUCAGCAAAAUCAAACUAUUUUAGGAGAAACUAUUUCCGCAUUGGAAUAUUGUGAUUUAAUGAAUGGGCUAUUAGUACUUGAAUAUUUAACAGAGAGACAAGGAAUUCCCAUAUUUGAAAGUAUCUCCGGUGCCCUAAAUGGAACUUCCAAAAUUCUCCGAGAAGCAAUUAAUGUUCAAGAUUUGAACCACGAAGACGGAAUAAAGCCUACGCAAAAAAACGGCAUCGAUACAAUAAAAUUGAAAGAGGUGUUUGGUUCUAUCGACGUCAACGACACAGGAACUGUUCGUUUAGAAGAUGCCUGGAGAGCGCUGCAAUCAAGUAUUAAGUGCAAUAUGUCCAUGUCUGAAUUAUUUAAUGCCAUUAGUCAAUCAGAUACCUACGAGAGUAUAAUGAAAAAUUGUUCAAGUAUAGAAGACUUAGCUGGACAACAAAUAAAUUUAGAGCAAUUUUUGGCGUUAGCAAAUGAAUGGAUGCAGCGAUUUAAAAAUAAUAUAACCACAUGUGAAGACUGGACGCAAAGCCAUGUGCCUGAUUCCGAGAAAUGUGAUUUAUAUAUUGGAGUCGUUGGGAAAGAUCACAUUUGGUUAGAAUCAUCAGCCAUACCACUGAUUGAAUCAGUAGGCCUGUCAUUAAACCGACCGAGUGCAAAUGAUUAUACGGUUAUGACAAUGCCAUCAGAGUUACAACGAAUGAAAAGCUCACGAGUUAUUUUAUUGGUACUACCUCAGCAUUCGCGGGGUGUUGCUAUAGCCGCAUUGGCAGCUCAUUUAAUAGGACUACGCGCUAAGCUUGUCCUUUGUAUACAAUUAAUGCCCGAUGGCUGUGUUGUUUCUGGUGAACAGUUAACCGAGCAAGCUACAAAAGACUACAAUCGUGGUAGAAUGUAUCUCUCGGACUAUGCAAAGCGCGAAAAUGUACCUGUAUUUCAGAAGAUCGCUGACGCGUUACAACACGCGAUAAAGCUAGUUCAAAGUUGA